CGGCUCGAUUGAUCCGUCGGGCGAAGUGUGAAACGUUCCUCAGGCGGGGCGUGAAACGUUUCUCAGGCGGGGCCUAGCCUGUGGACUGGCGGAGGGAGCCCCACUGUGUGGGGGCAAAGACGAAACUUGGGAGGCGGUCAGUAGCUUCUCGUAGCCUGGUUUGGGAAACGCUGUUCCUUUUCGGACCGAUGGAAGUGAAUGCCUGGACGGCUGGCUCCAAUGGCCCUACCGAGAUGUGCGGGGUGAUUCCCAAGAUUAACGGUGGGUACACGAGCGGCAAGUCGGGAUGGGAUAUUCUGGGCAAGAAGGUGAGGGCGACCCCCCACUGGAGUCUCGGUACCGAUCUCGUGACGGUUGAGCUGUGCUUGAGGCUAGUUAAAGAAAUGGCGACGGAGGAAGGGAUUGAUGACCAGCAGAGUGGAGGAAAUCAGGGCACGAAUGGGGAUGGGGAACGAAAUGAGGGAUCAACUAGGGAUCGAGAGUCAGCCAAACUAGAAGGAACCCGAGAAGACGGAAAGGACGCCUCAAUUGGAGAAAGCUCGGGGAAAGCUGGGGGUAGCAAAAGGGGACCUCAGGAAAACAGGGAAGGGGGAAACGAUAUGAGAACAAGUCCUCGGAACUCAGCAGGAGCCACCCCUAAAAAGACGAAAGUUUUGGAUACCCGUCGUAAACUGGCAGAGAUAGAAAAGCGGACUGCAGAAUUGAAGGCAAGACUUAUCGAGCAGAUGAUGGCCGGGGAUGAGGAGGACCCCCAGGACGCAGGGUCACGUGAAGGGCGUAGGAUCGGCCAGGACGACGCCAGGUACGAAGGAAAGCAUAAUAGUCACAAGGGAACGCCUAACAAGAAGGGGAAGGACAAGGAUGACCCCCCAGCGGAAGGGACGGAAAACGCUAUGACCCUGCCCGCCAUUGACAGCGGCACUAGCCGACUGCCCGUCACGCCGAAAGUAACGGGGGCGUGUGAUGGACUCUGGAGCCUUAGGGAAAGGGUGCUAGGGUGGUUCGACCCGGAAGGAACACCGAAAACCGGGGAGAAGCRGAGGGAAAGCAAGGAGGGAGAAGGGACUAGUGCAGUUGGGGAAGGGGGUAGCUCCGAAGGUGGGCUCAAAAAGAUAGUCACCACCCUCACCCGGGCACUGAACAAAAACCAUGGGUACCUCGCAGAUGCAAAGAAGAAACUCACGUUCGACGGGGCAAACAUUACGGAGUUUUUGAUAGACUAUGAGAACCUAGCAGCCUUACUGAAAUGGACGGAAGAGGAAAAGAUGGAGCACCUAGGGCAGCACGUGUCGCUAAGCUUGGGGAGGGACAUUAUGGCCAUCGUAGCGUCCAGUGGAUCCUGGAAAGAAACCAAAAAUGAGAUGAUGAGGAAAUACCUGAAGGCAGAAAAAAUGGCAACAGAGGCCGAAUUAACCGUAGUUCAGAGGAAAAACUAUGCGACUUACAACGAUUUCCUAAGGGCAUUUACGGUAGUGGCGCUGCGAAUUCCCGGAGUAACGGAUCGCAUAAUGAGUAAAUACUUCCUCAGGCAGUUCUCCAAGUUUGAUAAGGAUAAAAUUUUGUCAGCAUACCAGCAGACCAGUAAGUUAGAGUACACGAGAGAUGUGGACUUCAACACCGUAACAGACCUUGCGAAAAAGACAGUGGUCACCGAGACACUAGCCCUACUUAAGGAAGGGGAGGUCAUAGAUCUGACCGGGAAAACAAGAGAUAAGGUUAAGAAAGGGAUAGAAUGCCUGCACGAGCGAGUGCAUGGGGUUGACAGCAAGAUGGAAAGAAUGGAAAAUGCGUUGUUAGUAAUGCAAGCGCAAGUGUCCAGAACCGCCCUCCCGCCCCAAGAGGCCGUGGUUCCGGCAGCUGUAGCAAACCGGGGAUUUGGUAGGAUGGACCCGGCUAACGAACAAUGCAAGUAUUGCACCAUGAUCGGGCAUUUCGUACGGGCCUGUCCGAGACUCAAUCACGAUAUCGAGCGGCAGAGGUGUAGUAGGUACCACAAAGUGGAGGUGGACCCGGCAACGCUUGCCAAGUUUGAGGAUGAGGUUCGAAAAGGCUACUGCCUGAAUGGGAAGAUAGUUAGCAUUCAGCCCCGUAUCAUGGAAAUAGCAAGUGUGCGAAAAUACAAACCCGUAGGAAAGAAGGCCAAGCCAGUCUCGAUCCUAGUAGAAACAUCAAAGGAAGAGGCCAUGGAAAAAGAGGAGGAGAUCCUACGGGUUAUAAGGGAGAGACGUGCAACGGAAGGUCAUCGCAUACCAGAUGAUGUAGCAAACACCAUGAAAAUAGGAGUGGAAGGAUUCCUMACACCGGAAGAGACUCAGUUGAUAAGAAAGGCGUGCCAGGAGUUCCAUUUAGCUUUCGCUUUCAAUGAUCAUCAGAAAGGGCGAUUGGAUGAAAAGCUAGUUCCCCCUGUCAGGAUCCACACCGUACAGCACGAGUGUUGGAAUGAUAAAGGGUCCGCAUAUGAGUUUGGGAUAGCAGCGGAGGUCAACGACCUGCUUAGAGCCAAGAUAGAUUCCUUCGUGGCUGAACCCACCGCAUCCCCCUACACGAACAAGUGGUUCGUGUUCAGGAAGCCCAAUAAGACGCUCAGGUGGAUCCARGACUUGCAGAAGCUAAAUGCGGUAACAAUUAAGGAUGCAGACUCGCUUCCACAUGCCGACUUAUUGGCAGAAUCUCAUGCAGGGCGGAGCAUUUACUCCCUGGUAGACUUAUACUCAGGAUAUGAUCRGUUGCCGCUCGAYGCGAGGGAUAAACCGUACACCGCAAUGGACACCCCCGUAGGACAGCUGCAGAUGSAAGUGACCCCUAUGGGCUUCACAAAUGCGAUAGCAGAAGCGCAGAGGAGGAUGCUCGCCGUUGCAGGAGAUAUGUUUUCGGAAAAGUGUGAACCUUAUAUAGAUGAUAAUCUUGUAAAAGGUGCAAGAUACAAGGACGAGGCGGAAGUCCAACCRKGUGUACGGAAGUKUGUUUGGGAUCACUUGCAGGAUAUUAAGGACCUGCUCCAGCGAUUCCUAGUUUACAAUAUUACUAGAAGCGGACCCAAGAGCAUCCUGGCUGUCCCGGAGAGAAGUGAGGAGGGCAAGGAAAAGCCAAUCAGAUUUGAAAGUAGGACUCUGAAUUCGGCAGAACGGCGGUACUCAYAGUUCAAAAAGGAGGUCUUAGCGAUUCUGCAUUCUCUUAAGACCUUCCAGGCAUACCUGUUCGGAAGGCGAUUUAUCCUAAGGAUCGAUCCCACCAACGUUGUCGGGGCCCUAAAGAACUACAAGCCUAUAGAUCCGACCGUUGGCAGAUGGAUAGGCUUCACAUGGCAAUUCGACUAUAAGGUCGAGCGGAUYGCAGGGCUCCGAAAUAGGGYAGAUGGGCUGAGCAGGGUAUGUAUCACGCCAGAAGGAGUAGAGGACGAGGAACCAAUUGACRCCUUCCUGGAAUACGAASGAGGGACCCUUGUUGUGGAUAAUGAGAUGGCAGACCCAGCGAUUACAACAGGUCAGUUGCUGAUUCAGACCUUGGAAAAAGGCGCACCUGCAGUAGUUGCAGAACUCGGGGAAGGACCAGUCACCACGGUCAGGCGUAAAGAGGAGAAGGACUCGUGGGGAGCAGAAGUAGGGGCCAGGGGAGAGCUGAUGGCGAUGGCCGUGGAAGGGGGACGGGACGCCGUAAUGAUGUUGGCCGAAACCUGGGCGGAGAAGAAGUGUCAGUACCUAGUCAACCUCACUCGGGAGGAGCAGGGUACGGAUCAGAACGAACAGGAAUUCUUCCUCAUACAGAUGUAUGAGGGCGUCUUCAAAGAAAUCGGUUUGAUGCUUGUAGGGAACAAACAACCCACGGAAGUCAGUCCCAAGGCAAGAGACGAAGUCGAAAAGUACGUCCUAAGAAAUGGCCACCUGUUCAAGAAAGAGGAAGGGUUGAUGCCUAGACGCGUCGUUUGUGGGAGGUCUAGGCAGCUGGACGUAAUUCAGGCAAUGCAUGACGGGCUAGUUGGAGGUCACCGGUCGUCUAAGGGGACACUUGCGAAGAUCGUGCCCCUGUACUUUUGGUCAGGGAUGGCAGCCAUGGUCGCAACAUAUUGUCAAACGUGUCUGAUAUGUCAAGAAAGGAGCUCCGUACGAGUUUACGAGCCCCUUAGACCCACUCGGGUACUCGGACCCGGACACCUUGUUCACCUCGAUCUUGCGGUUAUGCCCGUAUCGACGGAUGGGUUUAGAUACAUCUUGGAUGCAAGGGAUAAUCUCAGUGGCUAUGUAGAGGCCAUAACCCUCAAAAAGAAGACGAGGAAAGCAGUGGCCGAUUGGGUGGAAGAUUUCUACCUAAGACACCCCUUCGUGCGCAGGUUUAUUGCAGACAAUGGGACAAAAUCCGUUAACCAGGAGGUAUUGAACAGGCUUAAGACACUGUCGGAAGAGGGACAGUCGUCAAGGCAAGCCGGAGAGUCAAGCUCCAGGAAAAGGAAGUUGUAUGUGGGGUUCGAUCACAACCUAGUUGUGAACAGGGGGGGCAGAAAGCAAGGGACCAGAGGACCAUCACCACUGAAGGAAGGGGAGCCAAUAAAGCUGCCUUCAGAUAGUGAUCCGAGUAGUAAGGAAGAGGGGAACCCAGAGGAAGGACAUCGGUCGGGAGAGAAUGAGCUCGUUGAGUUCAUUGACCUCACCAGCGACGAGGAGGAAGAUGAGGUAACAACGCCCACAAGGGAAGAACGGGGGAAAGGGGAGCAGCCGGGUGAGAAAAAGGACAAAUGGACAAAAGAAUUCGGACCUGAGUUCAGUAAUUGGUUUGAUCAAUGGGGCACUAUCUUGCGAUAUUAGUGGAUUGUGAAGGCAAGGGAAAAGUUGGGCAGGGGAGAGGAUCUAUCCCCAACAACCUUCUUCACAGAACGGACAUUCCUCCAGUUCCAAGGAAUAAGGAGGCAAAUGGAGCAGGAAAUGGAGGAUCGCGCAAGGAGGGAGGCAUAACACAUGCCACCUGGACGAUAAAGGCACAACAGCCGUAAGGAGGAACAUCUAGGAGUUGGGAGGGUUCGGUCCGUGGGCAGUCAGAGCUGCCAUUUUGGACUUCGCAUUUGAACUCUUUUUGUGAAUGAAUUUUCUAAGCUCGA